UGCUGCUCGAGGGGCCGGCGCCCCAGCGGCGAUGGCGGUGGGCGGUGCUGGGAGAGGGGCGGUCUAGCGGCCUGCUCCUCCGCCUCCUCCGGCAGGUUGUUCAGCAACAGUUAUGAACUCUCGGUUACGAGCACUAGGUGGGAGAAUAAAUAACAUUCGAGCAUCAGAACUACCAAAGGAACGGACCCGAUCUGAGAUCAUUUGCAGUGUCCGCUUUCUGGAUGGCUCAGUGCAAAGCUUCAAAGUUAGUAAACAAGAUACUGGUCAGGUGUUGUUGGAUUUGGCCUUUAAUCACUUGGGUGUGACAGAGAAGGAAUAUUUUGGUUUACAGCACUGUGAAGACUCAGCAGAUUCAACAAGAUGGCUUGAAUCUGGUAAACUUGUUCGGAAACAGCUAAAAGGUGGUUUCCCUUGUAGCCUGCAUUUUCGAGUAAGGUUUUUUAUACCUGAUCCAAACACACUGCAGCAGGAGCAAACCAGACAUUUAUUCUUUUUGCAAUUGAAGGCUGACAUUUUGGAAGGAAGGUUGUUAUGCCCUGUUAAUUCAGUUGUGGUACUUGCAUCAUAUGCAGUUCAGUCUCAGCUUGGAGACCACAAUGGUUCCACCCAUCUUCCAGGAUACCUUUCAGACUAUUGCUUUAUACCAGAGCAAAAUCAAGAUUUCACAACCAAAGUUGAAUCACUGCAUGAACAGCACAGGGGCCUCACUCAGUCAGAAGCAGAGUCCUGCUACAUUAAUAUAGCAAGAACGCUUGAAUUCUAUGGAGUAGAAUUACACAGUGGUAGAGAUCUUCAUAAUCUCGACCUUAUGAUUGGAAUUGCUUCAGGAGGUAUUGCUGUAUAUAGGAAACUCAUUUGCACAAGCUUCUAUCCUUGGGUGAACAUAAUAAAAAUUUCAUUUAAACGAAAGAAGUUCUUUAUCCAGCAGCGACAGAAACAUAAUGAAUCCAGGGAACACAUAGUUGCCUUCAAUAUGCUAAACUACCGAGCAUGCAAAAACCUGUGGAAAUCUUGUGUGGAGCUUCACACAUUUUUCCAGGCAAAGAAGAUGCUACCUCAUGAGAAGUUACUUUCCCAUUACUGGACCACGAGUUCCAGAACACCAACCAAAUCUUCUAACAAUCAUUACUGCAGGAAAGUAAUAGGUGGUAUGAUUUGGAAUGCAGCUAUGAGGCGAUCUUUGUCAGCUGAACACCUAGAGACCAAAAGUCUUCCUUCUCGGUCUCCUCCAGUUACCCCAAACUGGCGAAGUCCUAGAUUACGUCAUGAGAUUCGUAAACCACGACACUCAUCUGUAGAUAACCUUGCAAAUGAGAUUUCCUAUAUAACUGAAACAGAAGAUGUGUUUUACACCUAUAAAGUUUCCCCAACUUCCAAGGAUAGUGAUUCAGAGUUGUCCCAGAGUCGCAGCCCAUGGAGAAGCAGAUCAUCAGAACAGGAAUCACCAAAGAACAUAUUGGAAAAUAAUUCAACACAGAAUGUUUUGUCUCAGACUCUCAAUGGAGUUGGCAACCUUUCAGGGUCUCAUCCUUUGAAUGGAACAGAUAAACAGUCUUUAGAAACAAAUGAAAAUGUUUCAAAAGGACUUUUAAUGGAUGACUCCAAUCAGUACUACUUUGAUAAGAAUGAAGUUAUUGAUGGAGACUUGCUUUUGAUACGCAUUUUGCCAGAUGAAGAUGGAAAAUUUGGAUUUAACCUGAAGGGGGGCAUUGAUCAGAAGAUACCUCUAGUUGUGUCCAGAAUCAUUCCAGGUUCCCCUUCUGAUAAAUGCAUUCCAAAAUUGCUUGAAGGUGAUCAGAUAGUAUUAAUCAAUGGCCGGGACAUCUCUGAGCACACACAUGACCAAGUGGUGAUGUUUAUAAAAGCCAGCAGAGAGUCACAUACACGUGAGCUUGUACUUCUGAUCAGGCGGAAAGUUCUUAGACCAUUUGUUGAAAACAAGUUGGAAGAUGAAGCUGAUGGAUCUGGUUUUCUGGAAACAAUUAUUCCCAACUGUUCUGAGUAUGGUGAGACUUUAGAAGAAUCAAUGGAGCAACUAAAGAAAGGACUGGAAAGUGGAACUGUCCUAAUUCAGUUUGAACAACUUUAUAGAAAAAAGCCUGGAUUAGCUAUUACUUGUGCAAAGCUACCUCAAAACAUGGACAAAAAUCGGUACAAAGAUGUUCUGCCAUAUGAUAUCACUCGAGUAAUAUUACAAGGAAAUGAUGAUUACAUAAAUGCAAAUUAUGUUAACCUGGAAAUUCCUCCUGUAGGCAUUGUGAACAAAUACAUAGCCACUCAAGGGCCUCUUCCACACACCUGUGUUCAUUUCUGGCAAGCAGUUUGGGAUCACAGAUUAUCACUGAUUAUCAUGUUGACAACCCUUACAGAACGAGGGCGGACCAAAUGUCAUCCUUAUUGGCCUGAUCCUCCAGACGUUCUGGAUUAUGGCAACUUUCGUGUCAAGUGUCGAUCUGAAGAUUGUACCAUUGCUUACGUGUUUAGAGAAAUGGUUAUUACAAAUAUUGAAACAGAGGAAGAACACACAGUCACUCAUCUCCAGUAUGUGGCUUGGCCUGAUCAUGGUGUCCCUGACGAUUCCACAGACUUUUUGGAAUUUGUGUCCUACAUGAGAUCAAAGAGAGUGGGAAAUGUGCCAGUUCUUGUUCACUGCAGUGCUGGAAUAGGCCGGACUGGAGUAUUGGUUGCUAUGGAAACAGCUCUAUGUUUAAUUGAAAAAAGCCAACCUGUUUAUCCACUGGAUAUUGUACGAAAGAUGCGAGACCAUCGUGCUAUGAUGGUGCAAACAUCGAGCCAGUACAAAUUUGUCUGUGAAGCUAUUCUUCAUGUUUAUAAAGAAGGACUAGUUCACCCGCUGGAUUCCAGUUAGCAUAAAUGUGAAGAAAUGGAGUUCAUUUUUCUAAAGACACAUGCCAAGCCCAAGUGGUUUGUGGUGAUAGAUUAUGGCAGAGCUCUCCAAGGCUUUGGGGAAGAGAAAGCAAGUUCGUACCGUGGCACUUUAAAAUUCUGUAGGAAAUUACUGAACCAUGUAAUCUACAUAUGAAUCAGGUAAGUUUGUAAAGGCAUGUGAUGUGGAAUGUACGCACACAGAAAACAAGAAAAAAAUAUCUUGAUGUACUCGCUGUAUGCACCUUUUAUUGCCUUAAAACAUUUUUCAUUACAAGAUUCCAGUGCUCUCUAUUGUGAACUGAGAAAGACCAACCAGCAAUAUCAAUGGAAAAGCAACUCUAUUAUUUGAAGAGCCAAGUGCCUUCAUCGCCUAAAGAGUUGAGUAUUCCACAACUCCCACAAAAUUGGGCUGAAUCAUCCCAAUACCAGUUAACAUUGGCAAUAUUACUUUGCUCAGGCAUAUUUAUGAAAUGAAAUACCAAGGGCUGGAGCAAUGGCACUGUAACCUCUGUAAAUCGUAUCUGCGUUACUGAAAUUUAAAGCAGGCAGAGAUCAUGUGAUAUGCAGAAAAGGCAGUGGGGCAACUGUAUGUGAAAGAGGAUACAAUCUGUCUUCCACUGGUUAUUUGUAUGUGCUCUUUGUGUCUGUAUUGCUCUUUGAUCUGUUCUUCUGUUUCAGAAUCUGUUGUUCUUCAGAUACAGAUAGAAAGCAUCUUUUACUGUUAGUGUAAACAUUUUAAUCAGGUGCUGGAAGACUAUUUACUGCUGACAUAAAUAUACUGUUGCUGCUAAAAUGUAAAGGGCAUAAAUGUUCAGAUGCUAAAACACUCAGUUCAUUGUCCUUCAGACAAUGUUCAUCCACUUAGUUCUACCCUGAUUGUGGGCCAAUUCUUCCAUUGCUUUAGCAACAUCAUUGCCAUUGCUAAGCCAUCCCAUUGUGUUCAGCUUUCAAGUUGCACAUGGAUGCUUAUAUCGUAUGGCUUGGUCAGAUCAGAUCUAUAAGUACCCCUCCUCAGUUGCGGGAUCACUUCUGCUUGCAUUUUGAAGUAUCUAUGAAAUUUGGCCUACAUGUGGAUAUACAAGGAAAAACAGGCUGUUGUGCAGCAGCAAGAAUACUACAAAAAACAAACAAACAAAAUCUAUUUAUCUAGAACGGUGAAGAAUCUAUAGACUUGUCCACAAAGAAGAGCCAUGGCUUGAAAAGUGUAAGAAGCUUAUAAUGCAACCCUGUGCUAGCAUGCUAGCUCAGAAGUUCUGCUGUCUUGAAAGGCACUUACUCCCUAGUGAGUGUGUUUAGGGCUGCAGCCUUAAUUAAUUUAUUACACAUAGAGCAUUUGAGGUUUCUGUGUGUGGAUACGAACAUUUGUAUGAUGACAGCAUGAGUCAGCAAUGGUGUGAGUGGCUUAGGAGCAGCCAUUGCUCUACAAAGGUAUUAUAUGAAUUGAUUUUGUUAUGUGAUGUGAGUGGAAUGUUGAAAAAACCUGGAUGUAUCACAAUGUAUGUAAAGUAUGAAUGAGUUGUAUUUCGGUAAUUUGCUUUAAGGUACACUGGUCUCAGUUUCAUUUCAAGGGAGAGAAUUGGAAUAAACCAUCACUGUGUGGUAUUUAAGAAUUUGUCUUUGUCAAUAAGUGUAUAAAUUAAAUUAAAAGAACAUGUGGAAUAUAUAAUCAUGGACUAAAAUUAUGUAUACAAUGGCUGGUUCUGAGAAAAAUCAUCUAGAAAUUUGAGAAAUAUUGUGUAUAUGUUUAUAUUAAAACCUAUUUUUUUCUUUAA